CCCCCACCAGUUUGUCGGCGGUAUCGUUGCAGAAAUGUGACCGUGCCGUAGCGUCACAGCUAAUUUACUUUCGGUAAGAAUAAUAAACGUGAGUGAUAUUAACGUUAUCGCGAUAAUAGCAACUCUGACCACCACCCACCCCCCACGGCGAGAAAGGCUGCGGGGAGAGGCGACCGCCGUGGCUCAGGAGCCGGCGCCCAGCCUGCGCUUGCGGUUUUGGCGGGCGGACACUGCCCUCGAGUGGCUGGUGCUGCCACGUGCGAGGAUGGAGGAGGAGGAGGAGACGCUGGCGCGGCUUGGAGCGCUUGUGCCGGGCCGGGAGGCGGUGCUACGCACCCUGCUGCAGCUCUUCGGACAGCCUGAACACUACUCAUACCCCUCCAUAUUUAUUUAUGGCAACACGUCGACCGGGAAGACCCAUGUCAUGCAGACGCUUUUGAGAGAACUUCAGCUGCCGCACGCGUGGGUGAGCUGCGUGGAGUGCGUGUCGCCGCGCCUGCUUUUCGAGCACGUGCUGGACCAGCUGGUGGGGCUGUGCCCCGACAGAGCCAACUCCGCCCACCAGCGCUGCGACAACCUCAGCAUCUUCACCAGGGCCUUCCGCACCGCCGCCACGGCCGCCCAGCACCGCCUGCGCGGGCGCACGGUCUACGUGGUGCUGGACAAGGCUGAGUACGUACGGGACAUGGACUACAGUCUGCUUGGUGCGUUCCUCAGGCUGCAGGAGCUGACCGAGUGCAACGUGACGGUGGUGCUGCUCAGCGAGCUCGUGUGGGAGAAUUUCCGCGGGGAUACUGGUUUCUACGAGCCCAUCACCCUGCACUUCCCCGUCUACACCAAAGGGGAGCUGCAGCAGAUCCUGUGCAGAGACCAGCCCCCGGAGGUGACCUCUGACCUGUACACCACCUACGUGAACAUCCUGCUGGGCGUGUUCCACACAGUGUGCCGCGACCUGCGCGAGCUGAAGCACCUCGCCGCCUUAAACUUCCAGAAGUUCUGCGAGCCCCUGCAGAAGGGUGAAGCCACGGCGACGGACGUGCACAAGCUGUGGCGGAACAUCGAGCCGCACCUCAAGAAAGCCAUGCAGACCGUGCACCUGCGGGAGGUCUCCAGCGCACAGUGGGAGAAGAUACAGCAGCAGCAGGAGGAUGCGACGCAGAUCAAGGGCCCGUCGGCGCACGCUCACGUGGAGCUGCCGUUCUACUCCAAGUUCCUGCUGAUCGCCGCGUACCUGGCCUCCUACAACCCGGCCCGGACAGACCGACGGUUCUUCGUGAAGUUCUCCGAGAAGAAGAAGAAGACGUUUGUGAGGCGUGAGAAGACCAGCAACCACCUCAUUGGGCCCAAGGCCUUCCCGAUGGACCGCAUGAUGGCCAUCUUCUACAGCAUCGUGGACGGACGUGUGGCGCCCACCGCCAGCAUCUUCUCCCAGAUCUCGUCGCUGGUGAGCCUGCAGCUGCUGACGCUCGUGCGUCACAGCGACCAGAUCGACAGCCCCAAGUACAAGUGCACCGCGUCGCUCGACUUCAUCCGCGCCAUUGCCAGGACGGUGAACUUCGACGUGGUGCGGUACCUCUUCGACUUCGUGUGAGGACGACGGCGGGCGGGGCGAAGGGGAGCCGCCGUCGGACACAGCACGGUGGGGGGGGCGGGGGCGGAGAAGUCAAGCUCGACCGAUCUCGCUCACUCGCUCCGGGGAGUCCGCCGACAGACCGACCACAAUGCGGCAUCUCUCCCUCGCCGCGUCCGUCCGUCCUGACGGUGUUGCAGCGCGCGGUCGCAAUGUGUGCGUGCGUGCGAAUGCAUCCGCUCUAUAAACUGUUUGGGGGGGACGAGAACCUCCGGUCGCGCUGCGUCGACGCCGCGGUGCUGGCUCGCCUCGCACGGCCGUCGUGCGGGUCGGGUGUAAAGGAGCGGGAGCUGGAGGACGAGGAGGGUGCAGACCAAACAAUAGGAGGCUCUUAUCUUGUUGCCGUGUACACCUGGGCCCUGUGCUCCAGGCUCGUCCGACGCCAGUUUGAAGUCAUACUCUUAGUUCUUUGGGUAAAGUCACGUAGGUAAAAAAUGAAAUUAAAAUU